CCAAAAUUAUCAAGUAAUGCAUCCUAAAAUCCUCCGAGCACCGCCUCUGUAGCCUCAAACCAUCUCGGCUUCAGCUUUUGCCGUCGGAACCUACAGAUCGAGCUCUGCUUCUGCAAUCACAGGUAAUGUGUAUGGGUGGGGAAGUAUACAGCGGAUACCAGACAGCGAGACAGGAAAAGAAGCAAGACGGGAUGCAGGAGAAUACAAACCGUCGUCAGCUAUCUGGUCCAGGUCAAAGAGCCCCUACGGUCUUUCUCCUCGUCCUUUGCAGGCCACGGCUCUACUACCUGUCCACCUAGCCCUCAAUAUCACAAGCAUGCCCCUGAGUCGUCUUGAUGAGCUGCCUCUCAUGCUCCAUCUCGGCCUCUUACAUGUCUGAUCCCAAGCCGUGACAUCACGACAACUCACCUUUGUUGUAUCCCGCAUUAGCGCUUUUUAUCUUUCCAGCCCCUUCACCUCCCCAAUCCACCUCGCUCCGCCACCUAAACGCCCUCCAAAAACUUGUAAAAGAUACUCGGUCCUUCAUCCUGAUAUCCGUGGCUUUUUCACCGGCGCUCGGACGUCGAGUUUGAGGUGUAUCAACAACCCUCGGUGACCCGCCACCCCGCCCUCAUCUCUUCAUCAACUUCUCAAAAAGGCAUACAAGAUGCCGCUCAAGCUCAAUCCUCGCUCCCCUCUUCCCCCCUUCACCUUCUCGCUCUCUCCUUCUCCCCAUUCCCAAUCCCAACGACAGGAUGCUUCCCCGCCCCGUCCUCCUGCAGACUUUUUGCCUGAAAAAGACAUGUACCAAUUCGGUACCUAUCCACUUAUAGCGGACGGGGAGCCAGGCAGGGGGCUCGUGAAGUGUGAGCGAUGUGGAAAGGUUGGAGUGGAGUGGGCUGCUGGGGAGCAUCGACGCGUGUGUAGCCAUAUACUGGACGGGACGCCGCUGGCUACUAGAAAAGGAGGCAAGGGUAUCAAGACGGACCCAAAGAAACGGCGUGCUUCCGAGGGUCAGUUGUGCGAGACGCGAUGGUUGUGCAUCUAUUGACGCAGGCCAGAUACCCCUCUAUCACCUCAAAAACGGGCCAAGGCCUCGCCCAUCCUUCCUGUCGUCGACCUCAACUCUCACGACUAUCGAGGUAUGAAGAAGAGCGAGAUCAAAAAGCUCCAAAAGGAUAAGGCCAGACAAGAGAAGAAGGAGGCGAAGGAGAGGGAGAGGUUGGAGAUUGCUGAGCGGAAACGACAACGAGCCAAUAAUCCAAUCAACGUCGACCGACAGUGCGGUGUCAUCAACGACCGAAAUGUUCCCUGCGCCCGAUCCCUUACGUGCAAAACUCACACAGUCGGCGCCAAACGUUCUGUCGAGGGCCGUUCCCGUCCAUAUGACGAGUUGUACCUUGAUUGGCAACGAGAGCAUAAUCCGAACUUUAAGGAGCCUGCCAGAAAAGAUAGGGUGGAAAAGAAGAAGGAGAAGAAGAAGAAGGAAUUUGGGGAAGAAGGCGACGACGAUGGACUCGAGGGUGAUGAUGGGAGGAGGGAAGUCGGCGAGCUCAUUGCUCUUACCCGGAUGGCAGGCGACCGCGUCAAAAACCACAUCACUACUCUCGGCAACCCUUCCUCAAUCCAUUCUCAGCCGGGCUCCGCUACCCCGGGCCUCAAUUCUUCGUUCCCACCCCUCAGCGCACUCGGGCGAAGUCAGAACAACGCGUCCAACAGGACGACGGCAAAGAAACCGCCUUUCCAGCCAGUGUGGCGGUCAAACGCUGUGGGUGGAGGAGAUUUCUCUGACGUGGGGAGGAUGCUGGUGCAGGCAUUGGCGGCGAGGACAAAGCCUUCGGUGCAAGGGGCACAGGGAGUGGGGAUGCCUGGGGCGGGGCUAGGCGAGAACCAGGGAUUGUCCAUCUCGGCAGUGUAGUUAUCAGUUGUAUAUUGCGUCGGCUCGUGUCUUUUCUUUGUAUCUUUGAGCAUGGUACCCAUGCAUCUGUCUGUUUCUAGGCGAGCGCUGCUGUCGGAGCUGAGCUUUUACAGGUACUGCCAAUACAAGAUCAUCGAUUGCAGAGGUAAGUGUUGGACCAGGCGCAUUGACGAGCAACUGUAUGUACUAUUGUACUUGCGUAUAUAAUCGGUUUACCAAGAUAUAAUACCAAUAGACCAUCUAACACAGUACACUCUUCCGAUAUUCUCUCUC